GGCCUGAAGCCGCAGCCUGAGACACAGCUUGGCACCCGUUCCCCCGCUGUUGCCGCUGCCACCACCACACACAUACGUACACACACACGCACGCUUUUCUCCAUCUUGUGAUUCCUUUUCUCCUCCUUAACCCUCCAGUGGGGGUGCGAGUUUGUUUUUAUUACCCCCACUCCACUGCUUUCUUUUCUUCUCGCUCUCCUCCCCCUCCCCAGCUUGGUGUGUGCUUCUUUAUUUUCUUACUUCCCUUUAUUUCUAUUUAUUCAUAUUUAUUUGGCGCCCGUUCUCCUUUCUUCCCGUUCCUCUUCCUCCGGAUUCCGCUCUCUCCCCGGAGUGGCGCGUCGGGGGCUCCGCCGCUGGCCAGGCGUGAUGUUGCACGUGGAGAUGUUGACGCUGGUGUUUCUGGUGCUCUGGAUGUGUGUGUUCACCCAGGACCCGGGCUCAAAGGCCGUUGCCGACCGCUACGCCGUCUACUGGAACAGCAGCAACCCCAGAUUCCAGAGGGGCGAUUACCACAUUGACGUCUGUAUCAAUGACUACCUGGAUGUUUUCUGCCCUCACUAUGAGGACUCCGUUCCAGAAGAUAAGACUGAGCGCUAUGUCCUCUACAUGGUGAACUAUGAUGGCUACAGUGCCUGCGAUCACACUUCCAAAGGGUUUAAGAGAUGGGAAUGUAACCGGCCUCACUCUCCAAACGGACCGCUGAAGUUCUCUGAAAAAUUCCAGCUCUUCACUCCCUUUUCUCUAGGAUUUGAAUUCAGGCCGGGCCGGGAAUAUUUCUACAUCUCAUCUGCAAUCCCAGAUAAUGGAAGAAGGUCCUGUCUAAAGCUCAAAGUCUUUGUGAGACCAACAAAUAGCUGUAUGAAAACUAUAGGUGUUCAUGAUCGUGUUUUCGAUGUUAACGACAAAGUAGAAAAUUCAUUAGAACCAGCAGAUGACACCGUACAUGAGUCAGCCGAGCCAUCCCGCGGCGAGAACGCGGCACAAACACCAAGGAUACCCAGCCGCCUUUUGGCAAUCCUACUGUUCUUCCUGGCGAUGCUGUUGACGUUAUAGCACAGUCUCCUCCCGUCACCUGUCACAGAGAACAUCAGGGUCUUGGAACACCAGAGAUCCACCUAACUACUCAUCCUAAGAAGGGACUUGUUAUUGGUUUUUGGCAGAUGUCAGAUUUUUGUUUUCUUUCUUUCAGCCUGAAUUCUAAGCCACAACUUGGGGGUAGGGGAGCUAAACUAGUUGCCGCCUCCCUCACCCCACCCUACCCCCAGCCCUUGCCCGGGACGUCUCUCACUCCUUCCAAAUUAAAUGGACUCCAGGUGAAAAUGCCAAACUGUCGUAGUGACACCAGUGGUUCGUCAGCUCCUGUGCGUUCUCCUCUAAGAGCUCACCUCCGCGAGCGCCCUGGGUCAGCGGUACAUGGACAAGGAAGAAUAGCAGCAAAUGCAGCCAGCAAUGGCUAGGCCCAGGAGGCUUUUGCUCUCCUAUACAAUAUUUAUGCCUUCUCAUUCAGAACUGUAAGAUGAUCGUGCGGGGCAUCGUGUCACCAUGUCAGGUCCAGAGGGGAGGUAUUAAGAACAUAUAAUAUUACACCGUUUCCUCUAGGAGGAUAUAAAUGAACAGGCUUCUAAAAGGUUGAGACACUGGUUCUUUAAUAUGACUGUCUUAAAGCAUUCUUGACAGCAAAACUUGUGCUCUGUAAAAGAAGGCUUUUUUUUCCCCCCAAGGAGGUGGGUCGGGUGCAGGAAUGCUUGCACAGAGCAAGUGUGAAAACCAAGACAACUACGUGUUUGGUGGGGGUGUGUAUGUGUGAGUGCCUCUAAUUUUUUUUGGUGACUGGACAGUGCACACUAGAUUUUUUUUUCCUUUGAAUACAGAUCACCAUGGUGCUACAACUCUUUUCUUUUUAGAAACUCAAAGAGGCAUUUUUAUGAAUAAAGUGACCUUCCCCAAGGCUCACAAGCCAGAGUUGAUGAGCGCAUAGUGGCAUAGCUUUGGAUAAUCCUCUGGGGGAUGAUCUGUACCAAGGCAAGGGUGGCAGUAGCCAGAGGAGAUGACAGUUUGGCUUUGCUGGAGUGCCAGCGAGCUGUGGCCUUUUCCCAACUCCCACCCGAAAACCCAUGUUUUGCUCCUCACUCCACCUCUGCAGGGGCCCCGAUAUAAACCCCUGUCACUAGGAGAGUCAGUCAGCACUACUUGGGAGGGCUAAAGGGACAUUUGGAAUAAAAAUUCCAAAGUUUGAAAAAAAAAAAAUUCAACUGUUGAGUUUAUAUUCUUACCCUUUCUGACACAGCCUAAAGCGUAGGGGGAACAUGUGUUUAUCUGUGGGAGAUAAACAAGAUGGAGUCCCAAAGACUUUAACAAAAUAUUUUUUUAAAAAUCCACUAGAAUAGAAAAUACAUUAUUUAGAUAUACUUUAUGCUGAGAGUGAGUAUAUAUGCUUGUCCUAUUUAAACUUGUGAGAAAAAGUGGUAUCCCUUGAUACAUUUAGAAAUAUGGGAGGCUAUCUUGUUUCAUUGUGGGGGUGGGGCAGAAGAAGCAUAAAAGCAGGAUCGCCCUGUUUAAGGAAUCUUAGCAUGGCCAACGGUUGAUUACCAGGAAAUGCAAGCCUUGGGGUUUCUUUCUACUGGUGGGGCUGUCACGAUUGAACUCCAAAGCCUAGACAGGGAAAAUCAGACAAUGGAAAAGCAAUCUAGCCUUUUUUGCUAUUGCACAUGUCAAUAGAAACCAUGCCUUUCAAAACAAAAUCAACACGAUGAUCAUGUAAAAUGUGAAAAAUAGAAAGCAUUCCAGCAAAAGGGUUUUUUUUUUUUAUAUAUAUAUAUUUGUUUUUUAAAAUGUAUAUGUAAAAAAAGGGAGAGGAGUCAUAUUAUGGACAGACUUCAUGAGUGAGAACUUGCUUAGAAUCGUGAGUAGUUCUGAAUUAGACAAAAUAUGUGAAUGAAAGGCAGUUAUAAAUGUACUGCACCCUGGAGAGUUGUACACAUGUUGAAAUGUCAUCUGGGCUUACCUGAUCCGUUUGGUGUGGAUGUUACUGCUGGGUCUCUUCUCACUUGGAACCAGGUGAGUGGGGUUGCCAGCCUUGCAGAUACAAUCAGUCCAAUUCCCUCCAGACAUCAGGAACUACUCUGGAGUGGCAGAGCCUUAUCACAGAAGGCAACCACCAUUUCACUGAAACAAAAGUUCACAGCAUUCGAUUCCUUUUUCCUUUAACUAUUUAUAUGCUCAGUACUCUCAGUAGUACCCAGUAAUACUUCUUUUUAUUAAUAGCUACAGGCUUGUUGGGCCAGUGGGAUUUGGGUUGGGGGAAAAAAGAGACACUUUCUAAAAUGGGUCAAUAGUUAGAACCAAAAUAAUCCUGCAUGUUCUAUAACCACAAGGAAAACAAAUGAUCCUGUAAUGAUUCCAGUUAGUCAUAACUACAGUGCUAAUUUCAUUUUAGAAAUGGUGAUUUCUGUGGUUUUUCUAGCAUUUGUCUCUUAACAAAUGAUGAAAUAAUUACUCAUGGCCCUCUCUGCCAUUGUCUUUCAUUUUUUCACAAUGAAAUUAGGCCUCUUUCCUUCACCAUUGUGCCACUGCAAAGCAAGUAAAAAAUAGCAAGACUACCCACGCCAGUGAACAGUGUGCGUCUCUACCUGUAAGUGACAUCAUUGUAGGUAGUGCAUUUGCCACUGAGUUCUCAAGCACCUGACUGCUAUCAGACAGCUCUCAUCCUGUCCAAAAAGUGCUGGUGGCCUUUUUUUUUUUUCUUUUUGAUGUUGUUGAAAUGCUCUGGGGGCUUAGGAGGAUGUCGAUGCAACUUGCUAGCAGCUUUUAAUUUCAAAAACAAUUCAAAAGUCUGAAGGGCAGCCUUAGCUGCCUCUCAGCCCCAGUUAGUCAAACCCCAGCAACCUUUGCCCUGGUUGCCAAGGGCUUUGCAACAUGAAGCAGGGAAAUAAGGAUCUGUCUGUUUAGUGGAUACUGUGUAUCCUUUAAUAGGCCAGGUACAGUUGGUGUUAGCUUAGACUAUUGUUUUGUACUGUACUUUCUUGGGUGGCAGA